AUGUCUGGUGUUCAACCUGUCGCCGUCUAUGCUCUCAAGGUGCCUGCUGGAGGUGCCCUCAUUCCCGCAGUGCCCGAUGCUGCGGCCAUGUUUCGUGUGAGCAUGGCUGCCAUCGAUCCUGACGAGGAACCUGACUUUGAUGGACACGAUACCAACCAGCGCCCCAGAGCCACCCUCAGGAUCGUGCGCGCUCCCCCCGGACUGGACCUUGAGGACGACUCGGAUGAGGACUACGAGGAUGUGGACUCUGAUGAAGAUUCUGAUGACGAGGAAGUCAAUGGCGGUCCUAGUGACAAGGAGAAGGCUCGCAAGCUCAAGGAGCUUGCCGCUCUUAAGGAAAUGGAGGAAGCCAUGGACGAAGAUGACGAGGAUGAUGAUGAUGAUGACGAGGAUGGAGAGUUCGACCUGCAGGCUGCUAUCUCUAAGCUCGUCAAGGGCAAGGGCCCCGCUACUGACGACGACGAAGAUGACGAGGAGGAUGAGGGCCUGGAACUCGAUGAGAUGGUCGUCUGUACCUUGGAUACCGAGAAGAACCUCCAGCAGCCUUUGGACAUCACCGUCUCUGAGGAUGAGCGUGUUUUCUUCAAGGUCACCGGUACCCACACUGUUUACCUGACCGGAAACUACGUCAUGCCCACCGACGAGGGCCGUCAUUUCCAUGAUGAGGAUGAAGAAGAUGAGGAGGACUAUGACCUUUCCCCCGAUGAGGACGAGCUGGAUCUUGAGGCCCUCAUGGGCGAAGAUGAUGAGAGCGAUGACCUCGAUGACCUCGAGAACCCCAGAAUCACCGAGGUUGACAGCGAGGAGGAAGCCCCCAAGCUUGUUGACACCAAGGGAAAGAACAAGCGCUCUGCCCCCGCCGAGGAGGAGAAGCCCGCCAAGCAGGCCAACGGUGAGGAAACCUUGAGCAAGAAGCAGCAGAAGAAGCUGAAGAAGAACAACGGUGACGCAGCUGCUGUUGAGCAGAAGAAGGAGGCCAAGGAAGGAAAGGAGGCCAAGAAGGUCCAGUUCGCCAAGAACCUUGAACAGGGCCCUACCCCCUCCGGCCAGGACAAGAAGCCCGCCGAGCAGACCACCGGCACCCUUGGUGUCAAGGAGAUCAAGGGCGUCAAGAUUGAUGACAAAAAGCUUGGAAAGGGACCUGCCGCCAAGGCCGGUAACACUGUUGCCAUGAGAUACAUUGGAAAGCUCGAGGACGGCAAGGUCUUCGAUGCCAACAAGAAGGGCAAGCCUUUCAGCUUCAAGCUCGGCAAGGGUGAGGUGAUCAAGGGCUGGGACAUUGGUGUUGCUGGUAUGGCCGUUGGUGCUGAGCGCCGCAUUUCGAUCCCUCCUCACCUCGCCUAUGGCAAGAAGGCCCUCCCCGGCAUCCCGGGCAACUCUAAGCUGAUCUUCGAUGUCAAGCUUCUUGAGAUCAAAUAG